AGUCGCCAUUUUAUCAUGUUGUAGUGUCGAUGGUCCAGCUGACCUGUCAUCCUCAAGUCGCGUAUUAGUGGUGUUUAGUGCCGAAUUUGGGGGUGUUAAAGCCCCGACGUGUAUAUAAGUGUACUUUUUAGUGUCUGAAGAAGAAAGAUGGCGGGACAGACGAUAAACGAUAGGUUAUUAGCCGCAAGGCACAGCAUCGCCGGUCAAGGAUUGGCCAAGUCUGUGUGCAAAGCAACGACAGAGGAAAUGAUCGGACCCAAAAAGAAACAUUUAGACUAUUUGAUACAUUGCACGAAUGAACCCAAUGUAUCUAUUCCUCAGAUGGCCAACCUUCUAAUAGAACGUUCACAAAAUACAAAUUGGGUAGUGGUGUUCAAAGCUCUUAUUACAGUACAUCAUAUGCUUUGUUAUGGCAACGAGCGAUUUACACAGUACUUAGCAUCGAGUAAUAGCACAUUCCAAUUAAGCAACUUCCUAGACAAAAGUGGAGUGCAAGUGACAGCGUCGGGCGGUGGGUCUGUUGCAGGGUAUGACAUGUCUCCAUUUAUUCGUCGAUAUGCAAAGUACUUGAAUGAAAAGGCUCUGUCCUAUAGGACAGUAGCGUUUGAUUUUUGCAAAGUGAAGCGUGGGAAAGAAGAUGGUACUCUUCGAACAAUGAAUGCAGAAAAACUCCUGAAGACAUUGCCAGUUCUGCAAGCUCAGCUGGAUGCAUUGUUAGAAUUUGAUUGUACAGCCAAUGACCUUACAAAUGGAGUCAUAAACAUGGCUUUCAUGUUACUCUUCCGUGAUCUCAUUCGUCUCUUUGCGUGUUACAAUGAUGGUAUAAUCAAUCUCUUGGAGAAAUACUUUGACAUGAACAAAAAGCAAUGCCGUGAUGCACUGGACUUAUACAAGAAAUUUUUGAUUCGCAUGGACAGAGUUGCAGAAUUUCUCAAAGUAGCAGAGAAUGUUGGCAUUGAUAAAGGAGACAUCCCUGACCUAACUAAGGCUCCUAGCAGUUUGCUGGAUGCACUUGAACAACAUCUUGCAUCACUUGAAGGCAAGAAGGGUUCAGCAGCAAAUACUCCUACACAAACAGCAAGCACGGCGUUCGGCACAGCAGCCAACAACACGCGCCUUGACUCACAUACUGGUUCAAAUGGAAUAGACGAGUCUCUCAAGCAACAAGCCUUAGCUGAGGAAGAAGCGGCUAUGAAUCAGUAUAAGGCUAAAGUAUCAUCGCCAACUGCUUCAAGUACGAAUCCAUUCCUCAGCUCGCCUACUAGUGGAGGAGCACCAGUUUCUCAGUCACAGCCCAUUGUGGAUUUAUUUGGUUCUCCAACAAAUGCAGGGCUGGAUAGCAUGCAGGCAACCAAGGCAUCGGAUGACCUCCUUCAGCUGAGUGGCAACCCCUUUGCAGACAUGUUUGGUGGUGGGGCAGUAGCACCUGCACCCCCGGUGGCUGCUCCUGCACCUGCUCAAGACAUGUGGCUGUCAAAUGGCUUCGGCGCGGCCCCCGCCGCCGGCGCGGGCGCCUUCGUGUCGGACCAGAGCUUCUCGUCGGUGUUCGGCGCAGCGGACGCGGGCUCCGGUUUUGAUGCUUUGGGAGACAUACUGGCGCCUGUUCAACCUCUCCACACCAGUACUGGCCCGGUUACAGCAGGUGUUGGCGGAGGGCUUAUGCAACCCGCUGGUGCUGUGACUGAUGGUCCUGCCUCAGGCAAGGUGCUCACUGGGGACCUCGAUAGCAGUCUUGCCUCGCUGGCGCAAAAUCUGACCAUCAACAAAGGUGGACAAGCUGCUGUCAAAGGUGUCCAGUGGAACUCUCCCAAGAAUGCAGCUAAACCAGGUGCAGCGGGAUGGACACCACAGCCUAUGGCUGCUACAACUGGAGCAGGGUACCGUCCCAUGUUAAGUAGACUAGUGUGCACUGCAAAUGAGAGCUGCACCUUCUCGCACGUCAAUAGCAGUGCAUGCUUCUCAGUGGUGACCGUGCUGCCAUUUCAGGGACAGGGCAUGGCCAUGAAUGUAACUGUCCAGUUCCCAACUUCAACCCCCCUGGGAAUGGCUGGAAUGCGCCCAAUGGCUCCUGGAGCAGUAGGUGCCCCCAUGCCAGGCAUGAUGGCUGGUGCUGUACCAGCUGGAGCGGCAAUGAUGGCUGGUCCACGGAUACCUGGAGUCGGGGGCCCAGCACCGGGUCAGUCACCUCAGCAACCACCUUUGGACCCUUUUGGGGCUCUAUGAAAGGAUUAAGCCCAGGAAUUACAUUGGAAUUGAGGUGUCCUGUGUUGUAUAUAAUGUAUGAAGACCUUCCAAGACCUCAAAGCCAUCAUAGACACAAAACGUGAAGUGAAUUGCAUCAGCAAGUUUCUUCACUCAGGCUUCACCCUCUGGUAGUUUUCCCAAAGUCCUGUGAAGAAAAUGGAAAAACCCUGUAACAUUCUAAGAGCUCUGGAAACUUGAUGGAACUGUUAGAUGAUUGUGAAAAUGAAGGAAGAUGUAAAUUUGGUUUCUUUCUUGGUUUCAUUUAGUUUUUUUAUGGCCCUUAGUGCUUACUCAACUCAAUAGAUAUUAUGUGUACAUGAUAUAUUCACAAAUUGAAGGAGGUAAGCAGGGAAAUUUUCUUUGUCAUUGUUAUUGACAAGAGGCCAUGACUGAGUAGUGGAGGUAAAGAAUUGGUUAUAAUUUGAAGACAUUAGUUCACUUGUUUCGAAAGACUAUAUAUUUAUUGAUGCAAGCUGUUGAAUAUUUUUAUUUGUUGGAAAUAGGAAAUAUUUUUGAAUCAUAUCAAUGUAUGAUUGUUUUUGAAUGGAUUGUGGUGUGGGAGACUGCCUUGUUGAUAGAAAUGUGAAAUGGGAGUUCAUCAAGUGACAGUUUGAAAUGUUGGUCUGUGUUGUGGAAUUAGUUACUUUUAUUGCUCAUGUGUAGGUUACUGCAAAAUUUUCCCAUGUAAAAACAAUGGAAGUCUCUUGCUGUUUUUAGACAUGAGCAGUCUGCUCAGAGCAAACUAACUUAUCAUUGCAAUGCAUGACCAAUGUAUCCUUUACAGGUCUCUCUGAGCAGGAUAGCAGUUGUAAAGCCUGUAGUCUGUCACAGAUUGGGAACUAUUGUUGUUAUCAUCCUUGCUGUGAGAAGUAAAAAUAAUCACUGUAUUGCUGUUCAUAACCGUUCAUUGUAGCUGUUGAUAUUUUUGUGCAGUCGAAUGGUCAAAAGUUCUCUAUAGAACUGAUAAACUUUAUCUUGUUGUAUUAAGUAAAUUAGGUACCUGUGUACAGUUGAUGUAGUCUGUUUGGGGCAGAGGGAGAAAUGACAAAUACUUAAAGAAUUGUUCUAUUGUACACAUCAAAAUAUUAUAAUUAAAAAAGUGUAUAAAAUUGAGAACAAUUUCUUCACUACUGGAAAUCAUUGCCUUUUGUUUAAAAAAAGGAAGAAAUGUACUCUAUUAUAUUGUUACAAAUGAUAGACAAUAUUUUCUACAAUAUCAGUUUCCUUGAGAGUAUGUGUUCUGCAUGGAGAUGUAAAUUUUAUUUGUACCUUUGUAAUUAACAUUUUGCAUAAUCAUAAAUUUCUUGACUAGAUAUUGUUUAAACUUAAAACUGUGAUUUGUUCUUUCUGCUGCAGGUCCAUAAUCAUAAUUUGCAGUAUUGUGUUCAAAGCUUUCAUAAGUGUGCGUGUGUAUGACUUUUAUUCAAGAGUUUGUUUUUGUUUUGUUUUUUUCAGUUAAUAGGAAAUGGCUGUGAGGAAUAUUAUAUACCCAUAAACAUCCUCAAAAUGUUCAGUUGUACAUUUUAGUUGUAUAAUUUUGUUGCAUGUGGUUGAAUGACUGUUCAGUUGAGCUUGCUUGGAACUAUUUGACUGUCUAUUUGGUUUGAAGGAAAUCGGGCUCUGAACAGCGAAUUCUAUGGUAUGUUCUUGUGCAGUGUUAGGUCUCUUUCAGAGCAGUUUGUAGCAGUAAUAACAGAAGAGAUGUAGAUUUUACAUCUUGUUAUGUAGGGUCAGAGUGAAACUUAGACCUGUGAUGUGUAGAUUACUUUCCAAUCAAUCGAUGAUACCUGGUCCUGGUAAGGCACACAGCAAUAUGAAGUGAGGUGAAAUGAUGGCCUCUGCUUUGUUUGUUCUGUAUGCAUGUAUAUAUUCCUGUGAGCGCUAGGCACUAUGUAUGCAGUAGGAAGAGCUGCGUGUGGUUGCUUUGUGUGCUAGGACUUGAGAGGGCUAUAGGUGCCUGUGCCUUGUGUUGUAAAGAGUGCUCGUGACCCUUGUCCUUCAUGGAACGUAAAAUAGCUAGGUUUGUGGUCCACAGAAAUCGUACAUGCAAAAAAUUAUCGGGCAAACCUUGUUGUAUAAAUAUUAUAUAGUUAUCUACAACAUAUAAAUAUAUAUAUAUAUUAUGAAAGGAAGCUCUAUGUUGAGUGAAUUUAAUGGUAAAAACUGUAUGAUAAAAUUAUACUGAAUACAAGUAUCGUUACAAAUGUUAAUUUUAAAAUAAUGGAGACAAUAUUUAAAAGAUGGAACAGUUGAGUCGCCAAAAGAAUCAUAAGGCUUUAGAAUGACUUUGUGGAUACUUGCAAUACAUUUGUGAUGUAUGAAUGUUGUUAGGUAAUGUUUCCUAAUUAUUUGUAAUAUUUUUUUUGUUUGCAUUGGCUUAUGUGCUGUAGUGUAGAUGUAUGUAUUGAUAAUUAUGGUAUCUGCACUUUGUUGUUGAAAAAGAAACAGAAAAUUAAAAAUACCACUCAAGAUAGUAUAUGCAUAAUAUCUAUUUAUGAAAACUAAUUUAGCACAAAACCUGGAACAUGUAGUGGAAAAGUACAUAAAUACACUUAUGAGAAAAAUAUUUGAGAGUUUUGGAUACUACCCUUGCACUGAUAUUUUCAUUCAGACGUUGACUGUAACUUUGUUAGAUAAAAUUACAAAUAAUUAUCCUUUUUAUUUUAUUUUUUUUUAACUUUUUUCCUUUUUGGAACAUUCCAUGAUAAUAUUGUUGGUAAUAUCAUUAAUGUGUGAAUGAGAAAUGUAUGCCUCUGAUUGCUAUUUUCGUACAUAGAAUUGUAAAAAUUCAUAUUUUUUCAUUGAUGUAUUAUUUCGUCAUUGAAACCCAAUGUUUUAGUUAAAAAGUGUUACAUAGCAUAAUGUAUUAAAGUGGAUGUGUGUUGUGUGAUUGAAAAUGCUCAUGAGUGUCGAGGGUUUUCCAGAAAAUAUGAAAAUAUUUGAUUUCCUUUUCUGUGUCAUUGGAAAUUCUGAAAUUACUGUAUUCAAGUAUUAUAUGUACAUACAACUUGCAAAGAGUAAAAUGUAUGUAAAUGCCUAAAGUAUGCAAUUUCCUUACUAUCAUACUUUAUUUUCCACCUUCCCAUUUUUUGCUUAAUUGACUUAGUAAAUAUGAAUUCAGUCCUAAGGCAGAAAUUAAUAAGAAAUUUAAGAUACAUCCUUGACUGUAUGGAGAAGGCAAGAAAACUUCCAAAAUAUAUUUGUAUUUACUAGGAGCACCCACAGAAUUUAGACAAUUGUCCAUUGAAAUUCUUUUAAUAUUAAUAGAAGCUUUUAUAUGUACAGAUGUCAGUGGAGUAAAUCUAAAGGAGUCAUGUCCAACAAAUUUUGUGUUUUCAUAUAAAGAAUUUUUUCUUCUAUAUAAUUAGAAAUUUUUUAUUUAUUGAUUUAUGGUUAUUUAUAACAUAUUUAAUUGGAAUAUUAAAAGGCUUUUUUUGUUUCUAUACAAAAUUAAGAAAAACCAUUAUGUAAUGUUGUUUGCUGGGGAGGAUUAAACCUGGCCUUGGUUUCAGUGAUGUAUAAUUGAUUGUUUUUUGUUUACUUUUCUGUGCUUAUUUCAUAAUUUUUAGACCCUCUUUUUUAAACAGUCAAAUUUUGGACAUACCUUUUCUGAAUCAAGUUUGAAUUUAUAAUUGCAAAUGAGAUUGUUGAUAUAGUUUGUAUGUAGCUUCUAUAAAAUUAUUUAACUAUUACAUUUGAUACAGGUUGACAGAAAUGUUGGAAGUAUUUUUCCUUUUGGCUUUACGUUCGAAGGAGUUGCAGGACAUCAGAAUAUAACUAAUCAUAGAAGUUGGUUUGAUGUGAAUGGUUGAGGGGCAGUGGGUUUGUGGUAAAAAUGAAUGUAAUGAAAACCUUUUGUACUGUAUUACUUAUACUUUUGGAAUCGUGAUACCUACUAAUCUUAACCAGUAGCCUUUGUGCUAUUUUCUUCGGAAUAAAUUAAAUAACUCCUUUUGGUAUAAGGUGAAAUAAAAAGUACUAACAGUAAAAUGCCAUUAAUUAUAUAGCAUUCAAAUUAGAAAAUGUGAAAGAAAGAAUAAUAAAUAUAAUAAGAAUUUAUUUAAUAUUCCGCAGAAAUUGUAAUUAAUUUAACUAUGAACAAUAAUAAAAUAUAACGAUGGUGAAGGGGGGAGUGGAAAAAUAAGUGAACUUAAUAAUAGUGGUUCUUCAAAGUGGCACAAUUUCUCAUACUAUUUAUUUCUGUUCUUUCUUUUUAGUUAGAACUACCGUUUUGGUUUUGUCUUAGACCCUUCCCAGCUGCUAUUUAUCAGUGACUGACUAACCUAUCAAGGCCUUCCACAAUAAGUAUUGCUCUCUUCGUGACAAUGCUAAAUAAAGAUCUUGUGCUCCCUCCAUACCAUUUCCAGAUAAUCCACAGGCCGAUUUUGAUACUGCACUAUUAUAAAUGUCCUUGGUAACUUGUGGCUCGUUCAGUGCUUGUUUUGUAUGUAGUGGGUUUAAUUAUGCACACAGAUCACACUGUUUCUGAUCAUUGGCAAGGAAGAAUGAAGGUGUUAAUGUGAUACCCCAGAGGCUGGAAAUGCCAAACUGCUACAACACGACUGAGAACUUCAUGCAUUACAUUGAUUUCAAAUACACGGCUUUAGCGUCUGCACAUGUGCCACCGGCUCCUGUCCCACAAGGCCAGCUGACUGGACCAUUCUAUGUUAUGUUAAGAUUACGUAAAUCAUUUCAUAUAUUGUUAAAUUGUUAAGAUUACGUAAAAUCGUGAUCAAAAUAAUAAUCUGAGAAAAACUGAACUUUUUAAUGUCUAUAUGGCCAAUAAUGUGCUUUGCAUCAAUCGGUGCAUGUCAGUGACAUUUGACAUCACACAUUCAUUUGCAUGCACACACUUCCAAGAUGUUAAUAUAAAUUAUAAACAUGGCAAAUUGCUUUUAACAAAAUUAAAAUUUGAUAUUAAUUAGUAUUAUUUAAUUUUAAAUUUAAAAAAGUUAUUAAAACAAUUGCAAGUAGAGAAAUGGAUUAAUAUUAUAUUUUGUUCAUUUUAUUACACGAAUGUGAACAUGUAGCAUUUAAGUUAAAACAUGACAUAAAUUUAUAAAUUAAAAAUGUAAUCAUAUAACAGCAAUGUAUUACAUCUUUUGCCUUUUACAUCUUUACAAUACAAAUAGUUGCCUGUAAAAAUGCUUCUGAACAACACUACAAAAUGCUUUCCAAAAAUAGCAUAUACAUUGCUCAAGAGCAAACAAAAUACUCUUGUGUAUCUCUGCAAUAUAUUAUUUUUGAGAGAGAGAGAAAGAGGGAGAACACCAGGACCAGUUUUAAUUAUCUCUGUUUUGUUGG